AAUGCAGAUGCGGUCAAGUUUCGUUCUUUGUAUAAUGCCUACCUAUUCAAUCUUUGAUUCUUGUUGUAACACUGUCAUCAAAACUCCCAGUUUUGAGAAGUAUUCGACCUGUGCAUCUCCUUCUGUUGACUAUUUUUGUCCAUUAUGACUACUCGGGGACCAAGUGCUCCGGGUCUUUUGAUCACCCGUGAUUGGGUAGACUAUCAUUCAGACCAUCAUCUGAAAAGCAUCAUUUCCGGAAAUAGUGCUGCACCUUUGACUCAAACACACAGUCAACAAUCCGAAUAUUCACCAGAUUCAGAACUCUCGCCUCACCGAACAUCAUCGAGCAACCAGCGGAAACGAUCGGUACUUGGCUUACACCCCCAAGCACCCGUUGACGGGGAGCACGUCGAAGCCCCCCAAUCGAGUCUGCUAUGGUCGCGAAUAAGGAUUGUUAUGAGAGAGCCAUUUGCAGAGUUCUGGGGUACUGCUGUGAUGGUGAUGUUUGGCAAUGGCUCAGUUGCACAGGUUCUACUCUCAGCUGGACAGACGGCUGCUCCAGGGGGUAAUGGUUUCGGAGCAUAUCAAUCAAUAAACUGGGGUUGGGGUUUAGGCGCAAUGCUUGGGCUGUACGUGGCAGGUGACUCUGGCGCCUAUCUCAAUCCUGCAAUUACAUUGAGUAACUGCAUUUAUCGCCAGCUACCAUGGCGGCGGUUCCCAAUGUACUUUGUCGCACAGAUACUCGGAGGCUUCGUCGGAUCUGGUGUUGUGUAUGUAAACUACAUCAGCGCCAUUGACUGGUUUGAAGGCGGAAAAAUGCGGACAGUUCCUCCUGCGGAAAAUGCCACUGCAGCUAUUUUCUGCACCUACCCGCAACCAUUCUUGACUAAGACAAGUCAGUUCUUCUCGGAAUUCAUCGCAAGCACGUUACUCAUGUUUGUGAUAUUUGCGCUGAAAGAUCCCAGCAACAACGGUGUACCUAAGAGCGACAAGUGGUUCCCGCUAUGUUUGUUUUUCCUCAUCUUUGGCCUAGGCUCUUGUUUUGGUUGGCAGACUGGUUAUGCCAUCAACAUUGCUCGCGACUUUAGCCCAAGACUGAUGUCCUAUGCUGUUGGAUAUGGCCAUGAGGUUUGGUCUGCGGGUGGAUAUUACUUCUGGAUCCCCAUGGUAGCGCCCUUCCUUGGCUGCGCGUUCGGGGGAUUCUUGUAUGAUAUCUUCAUAUACACAGGCCCCAGUCCCAUUAAUUCUCCCUGGCUAGGCUUGAAGCUGCUCAUGCCUUCGAAUGCGAUGCGCGUAAGAAGAGAGCACCUGAAGAGAGAGAAGAAGGAAGGGAUUGUGUGA